AUACCAAGCUUACAGUACGGCCUGGGCGAAAGUUUGCAGUUCAUCCACAUGAAAAAGCUGCGAUGGCUGUUGGAGAAACUCCUCCUCCAACAAAAUUGGAGGGAGGCAACCAGCGUGCUUAGUGUGCUACUCAAAGGAACUGCCGACGACAAGUCUUUAUCUCAUAACCGCACCAAGUACUCGGUAUAUCUUCCUUUUUGCAAGAAUUCAAUUUUUGAGUAUUGGGCGUCACCAAAGUAAAUUUUCUUUCUAUUUUCUACCUAAGAUUUUAAUAUCUUGAACUUGAUUUUGGUCCUGUGCUAUGACGGAUGAGAUUGAAGAACAUAAUUUUGGGCGAUUCCAAUGCUAACAUUUUUGCCACAAAGGAAUUAUGUCAAUGUUGAGAUGCUCCAAUUCAUACUGAGACUAGAACGGAUUGUUCAACUAUUUUUAUGAGAAAAAUUUUAAAUAUCCAUUCUCCUCUUUGGAUAUGUUGAAGUAUUUAGCACACAAGGAUGCAUAAUCUCUCCGCAUACAAUAUGGCGAGAGUUAGCUGAUACUUUGUUGUAUUUAUAUGCUUACUGAUUGAUUUCUCUCUUUAGAGUUUUGGAAAUCUUUUAUCCAUAUGUAAUUACCCUUUGGCUCAUUCAUAUCAUCCUUCAUACACAAUGUCAUUUGGCUUCUGGUUGUGUUCCUCCAAAUUAUAUGUGGAUGUUCAACUCUUUUUGGAUAUCAGUAGUAUAUGUUUGCGGAAUGCAUACUUAUCAUUAUUUGCAGGCUACUCUAGAGAUUCUUAACUAUGUAAGAGGUGAAACUGUCAGCCCAAGAAAACUCCAAAAUGCCUAUGAACUGUGGAUGCAAAAGAUUGGGCAUCUGAAAAAUUGGCCGACAAGUGAUAGGUUUACUGUCCAAUUGGAAUUUAUUCUUUUCUGUCUCACACAUGGAAUGACUAAGGAUGCGCAUAUGGCUGCUCUAUGGAGCGUCGUUUUGAGAGUGACCCAGUCUCAAACUUGGUUGUUGGCUUGACAUUUUUCCAUCUCUGGUAUUCUGGACUUCCAAAAGAGCUACAGUGGACAGAGUUGGACACAUUUGAUGAGUCCAAGCAAUCGGAAAUGCCUGCAGAUGGAAUUUACAAGGGGUAUGAUGCUUUCAAAGCUGAAGGAGCCAAAUCCUCUUUAUAGUGUUAUUUGAACACCUCUUUCGCCUAUGACAAAGAAGUGUUAGGAGAGGAUGAUAACCACCCGAAAGAUUCCACGGAUUUUCAUUCUAAUAAACUGAAAGAAUCUGCUCGCCGUCAUUUUCAGCCACUAGAUUUCGACGUGAAUUCUGCCGAGGAAAGUGGACAUGAAAAAUAUUUCUUCUCUAAUAGUAGUGGUGAUCUGCCUCAUGUGUCUAUCUUUGACACUCAUGGUCUUCCUCCAUGGAUACUGCCUAUACAUUUGCCAAAUUCCCGUGAAAGUUUUGAGGAUUUGAUGAAUAAGCAUAAGAAAUUUCAUAAUAACUACUAUACGAGUGCGUUGAAGCAUUUGCGUGUUUCCCUUUACUCGAAAGUGCCAGUAAUUGAGGCUUUUCAUCCUUUAAUAUAGAUGCUUCUUUUCGAAGAUCGGGUCAAUGAGGCCCUUGAUGAACUUGAAAAAUCAUUUAAAAUUUCAGAUACAGUACUCCAGUUAAGAUUGAAAGCUGCUCUCUUGGAACAUUUUAAUGGCAUAUACAAUGUGAAACUCUGUACACGCUUUGAGGACAUCUUAAAGAAGGAUCCAACAUGCAGCAACUCGUUGGCUAGACUUGUUGUCAUGCAUCAACGAGGGGAUUACAACACUAAAAAAUUGGCAGAAAUGAUAGCCUUACACUUGGAUGCUACAUAUGCAAAAUCUGACACGUGGAAGGAAUUAGCAUCUUGCUUCUUGAGACUUCGUCUAUGUGGAGAUGAUAGAAUGUCGUGUUCUAAUGGAAAAGAUGGGCACAAUCAAGCUUCCUUCUGUCAUUGUAACCAGAUUCUGGAUAUAUCUACUAACAGUGAGUCUGGGAAAAACUGGAGGCUCCGUUGCAGAUGGUGGCUUAAUCACCAUUUCAGCCACAGCAUUCUCUUGUUGGAUAUUGCAAGUUUUGCAACUGGUGAUUUGGAGCUUUUAACUUACAAAGCUGCAACAGCUUCACAUCUCUAUGGAUGGGAGUUUAAAUUUGUUAUUAAGGCUAUUGAGUAUCUGGAGAAGGAAAAUAUUAUGGAACUGUAUUCUUACCUGCAGAUGCACAUUAUGAAUUCUAUUGGUUUUUAUUUCAAUAUGAAGAGAGAUAAUCCCUAGUAAGAAAGUUUGCUCUCUGUGUCGACCGUCGCUGGUAACUUGUAAUUUGGUGGAGGUCAAGUUCCCAUGGAAUCAUUGUACAGGUUUCUUUGGGACAUCAGAGGAGUAGAAGCCUAAGUUUUUGUUAAUGUUAGCUCCAAAACAUGCACGAAAGGACUUUUGAAUUUGUAUUUUAUACUUGCAGUCAAGCAGGCUUUAUUUUAUUUUA